GCUGUAUUAGCCGCAAAGGUUUCAAAUGUACUUGUAAGCGUUCUCAUGGGGGAUUCCGGAACCGAUUCUGUGUCCAUUUCUGGAGCUAAUUCUGCUUGCAAAGGCGAUUCACCAUCCGGAGCCAAAUUCGGAGUCGAUUCCAGCAUUGAAAUCCAAUCCGGAAUCAAUCCCGAACACGGUAGAUCCGAUUCCGAGAUCUCGACCACUCCGAUCCGAUCCGAUCGGCCUAUCAAAACAAACGCGAACAAAACUGACAAACGUUUAAAUAAAGCCGGCAGGCUUCACAUUUCGCGCCCUAAUCGUGCGAGACGCUAAACAGUGAAGCAUAUAUAUAUUUUUUGUAUUUCGUACAUUCCAAACAAGAUCACACAUAGCACGCUCACAAUGGCCACAGGCGACAAGGGCAACCCGGACAAGCAUCGUAACGUGGAGCUGAAGGCAAGGCUGGGCGGCGAGGAGGGCUACGAGCGUCGUGUCGCGAUCGCGAAGCAGCUGACCGGCGCGGACGGCACAGUGAUCACGCAGAGGGAUGUCUUCUUCCACGCCACUACCGGCCGGCUGAAGCUGCGCUACCUGGAGGACAAACCGUCCGAGCUCAUCAGCUACGACCGGUCGGACGUGGCCGGCCCGAAGCUGUCGCUCUACUCCAAGAUGGACGUCGCCGAACCGGCCCUGCUGGAGCAGAUCCUCGCCGAAACGGUCGGCGUGCGGGGGCGGCUAAACAAGCGGCGGCUCCUCUUCCUGCACGGCCAAACGCGCAUCCAUCUGGACGUGGUGGAAUCGUUGGGUCACUUCAUGGAGUUCGAGGUCGUGCUGGAGCCGGAGCAAACGCUCGCCCAGGGCCAGUCGAUAGUGGACGAAAUGAAGCGCUUGUUCGAGCUUUCGGAUGCGGAUCUAAUGACCGGUGCGUACAUUGACGAGCUGCUGAAAUAAAUGCUGGCUCGCUGGCUUCGCUGCACCCUCCCA